AGGGGGGGUGGGUUUGUGCGUGUGCUGUGUGUUAGGUGUGUUGUGUGCCCAUUGGUGGGUGGGUCAUUCGUUUAUUUAAUUAUUAAGCUAUUCAUCAGUGAACACACACACAGCGCAAUUGUCCGUCUAGUGCCGGGCCCCUGGUAUUUGUGCGUCUGUCUGUGUGUGUGUGUCUGCGUGUGUGUGUGUGUGCCUCGAGUGUAGAGACACAUAUACUGUCGUAGAAUCUAUAUAAAGCGGAGGGUGGGUGACGUUACCUUCCCUUGCCACACCACCACCACCAUCGGCAUUACCACCGCCAUCGGCAUUACCACCACCAACCCAGCAGCACCAGCAGAAGCAGCAACAACAAGGAAGGAUGGCAGCCGUUUUCAGAGCCGCAUUGCAUCGGUCAUUGAACAGGAUCGAACUUGCUUUACCGGCGAAGAUGCGACCCUUUUGGAACCACGAAUGCGGACCCAAGACCGUUUUCUUCUACGCCCCGCUCGUCAAAUGGGGGCUGGUGAUGGCCGGAAUGGCCGAUAUGGCGCGACCUGCUGACAAGCUGAGCGCAAGCCAAUCCGGCGUCCUCUGCUUAUCUGGCUUCAUCUGGUCGCGGUACACCCUGGUCAUCAUCCCGCGGACCUGGGCCCUGUUCGCCGUCAACUUCUUCGUGGGCUGCUGCGGCACCGUGCAGCUGGGCCGCAUUUGGGUAUACCGGCAGAGCCUGGGGAAAACCGGAGAAGCCCUGGCGGAAAUAGAAGAUUCGGCAUAAAGCCUCGACGGCGAGAGAUGUCCGAUGCGCUUUCGGGUUGGAUGGCGCGGGGUCCGGCGCCUUGUCUGACAUUUCGCUCUCCACGUGCUGGCAGCUUCUUUCAGGAUGUGUUUUUCGGGUUGUGCCGCGGUGUUGUUCGGUUCCUCCAGGAACCCGGUUGAGGGGCUCCCAACUCGUGCUGCAACAUUUCUCACGAGCUGAAAUGUCGCAGCCCGUGUUGCCGAAGGAGCUCCCAGCCGCGUGGAGCGGAACGUCGGACCUCGCGCAGAACGACACGCGGCACAACACGAACGCGCAUCGGAGAGGUGUACACCUCAACCGCGAAACCCCCACACGGCUGCAAUGGGUUUGACUGGUAAUUACCCACGGGUGAAUUAUCUGGGCUUCAUAUUGUGUGCUAGCGGAUUCUGUAAUCGGCUGCUCGUCACUUGUUGAGGGUCUGUGACUGAUCGUAGUCGAGGGUUAGUGCCCACGCCACCGCAAACAGGAGCUGAACAAGACGCUCCCAGGAUGUGGAGCAAAAUGUCAGACACCACCGCGCCAAACUACGCGCGGUGUACAACCCGAAAACGCAUCGGAUAGUCUCGUAUAGCGCAACCCGUGAAAACCUACGCAGACAGAGGGGAGAUGUUGCCAUCUGGAAAUGCUCAGCAAGAGGCACCGUCCCUUAAUGAUCGGCGCUGCUCUUAUCAAGAGGUUGCUCUCUCGCACUCACCGUAAACAUUUCAUGUUAAGGGCGUGGUAGUAACGCAAGCACAUCCGGGCCGUGUUCUUUGUCGGGGCCUAGCUCAGGCUUGAGCCACCCAGUCGCUUUGAGCAGCUCGGCCAUGGCUUUGCUCGGCUCACGGAAAAUCCUGAACACGGCUGAGAUCAGCUCGGAGCCGGCUCGGGUUAAGGGCAUGGCUCAGAAUCGGCUCACUCGAGCCAAAAGCAAACCCUGAAGCCGUGAGUAAGAAUGUGCCAGAGAGUAGGGGGGCACUUGCUACAGUGGGUAACAUCACCUGAAUGAUAAUGACAGUGAGGCAUCUCGUAUUUGGUUGUUGUUGUUGUUGUUUUAUCUGCUUGUAUUUCACGGGGAGAGAUAAAGGCUCAGCGCUGAAACCCUCCCAGCAAUAACCUGGCAGGGAUCCAAAACACAUUUCCGUAAGACUUUGUGCGAAUUAAGAAUUUGCAUGCGGUACAACGUCGCAUAUCCGACCGUCGCACAUUUGCCCCGAACCAAGUAACCGCCACCCAAUUCCAGCUCGCGCGGUAUUGGCGCACGGUGUAACGGUAAUUUUUCUAAAGAUGUUUCAUGUUUUAGUCCUUUUCACAAACCCGCCUGCACUUUUGCCCCCAGCGACAUCGGAUGUGCGACGUACCGCAAUCGGAUCCCACCGAAUUUCUUGAGUGUAAAUAGAUUUUUUUGCUUUUUCCUCCAAAAAAUAUAGGAAUCCUGUCGGAAACAUUUUGUUCCUUUUUUGGGUGUUGUAUUUUAGAGGGCAGGUGGGUUCUUUCGGUGACCGCCCUGGACGUUGGUGUUCAUAUUUGACGGGGGGCGUGCGUACAUUUCACCGUUUCGUUGGGAUAAGAACUGGGACGAACGGAAGCUGGGGAUACGAACGAUGCCGAAGACGACUUCUCGUCAAAGGUUAAACACGUUCACGCAUCUGCGGGACUGGAGCCGACCUCGGGGGCAGAUCACGGUUGACGAGGCCGCAUGGCCGUCGUUGAGGCCGACGUACAACACGACCACGAUUUGACAUCAUACCGUGGUCAUGUUUGACAUCAGCCUCACGGCAUCUGUCAUGGAGACCGCCAGCUUCGGCCGGGUUCAAGCGACUGACGACGUGGCACACGGUGGUCCAGAUGCCUUGUGGCCCCCAAUUAAUUGACCCCUAACCUUUUUUCGUUCCUCUUCGCUCAUUCGUUUCUGUUUUAAACAAACCUUGCUUUAAAAAAAAAAGUAAGUUUUUAGAGAAUCAAAUGGUGGGUCACAAGUCAUCUGGAGCACCCUGUACAUGGUACGGGUUGCGUGUCAUCUAGAAAGCAUUGGCAUUGCCGUCACAUCUUGCUCAACAUUUCCCAGAACGCUGUUCGGCUGGUCUCGGGAGCAGGGGUGGUCGGUUGCGUAAGGCACUACCAUUCGAGUUCACAGGCACCGCCUAUCCGUGACCACCCUUUGUAAGUGCUGCCUAUAUCUGCUAUAAUCCUACGGACAAAAAGUCGAGAAAACAUUGAGCACAAAUUAAGGUGGUGAGAUGGAUGUUGGCACAUGCUAAAAUAGUUCCGGGAGCACCGUUCAGGGCUGCUCAUGUUGACAUGAAACGCUGUGAUGCCUUUGUCUAUUCCGCUUUUUGUAUUGAGUUUUGCUGUCCUUCCCCUGCACCUCCCAUUAUCGCGGUUGGCUACGUACGGUGCAAAAGAAGUUCAACGUACAUGUCUGUUACCGUGUUUUCCGGGUUAUAAGAUGCUCCCAAAAAAAAAACACACGUGCCCUCCGUGUCGAUAAAGUUAUACAAAUCUGAUCUCGCACCUCCAAAUUUUGUUUUUAAAUAUAGGGGUGGGGUAGGAGUGCAUCUGAUAAGCCGGAGAAUACGGUACGAAGUGGUAACAGUUUAUCCGAGUUGUACUUCUGAUAGUGAAUUUCGACUUUGCUCUUCAUUCUGAAUCCCAACCAUACGGGGUCAAGCUGUUUCACAAGUUUUUGACGCAUAUCUGGAAUCCUCGAAAGCCUGUUGUAGGAUAUUGGCAUAUGAUUAACGUCAAUCUGAUUCGGUUUUUUUAGUUUUAUUAUCAGAGUGGGGUGUCACUUGACUUUUUUUUAAGGCCCUGUUGUUUUUUUAAGCUUGUAACAUCCGGCGAAGAGCAGACCUCGCCGGUUCUACCAAAAUGUCCGAUGUAUGGACAGCGGUGACUCAUCCAGCAGUGGAUGGAUCAUGGCUGAUGACAAUGGCGACAAUGAUGACUCGACCUGCACAGGACACCUGUUGUAUUCCGCGUGCAUUUCACUUGCCUCCAUGAUCGCACAGCCCUCGAAUUGGUGAAUAAAUCUCCUGGACUUA